AUGUCUACGCCGCAACAACUUGCCGAUGACCACUGUGUGCCGUGCUCCAAAAAGGCCAUUCGCGAGCUCGGCCUGGAGAAGAUGAGCACCAGUGACGUGCAAACGACGCUCGCGACGCUCGCCCCGGGCUGGACGCUCAAGGCGCAGCCGGUUGCGGGCGAGCCCGAAGCGCUUCCCGAAGCGCUGUCCAAGGUGUACCGCUUCAAGAACUUUGCCACCGCAUCGCAGUUUGCGUCCGCGGUCGGCAAGGAGGCCGAUGCGGAAGGACACCACCCUGCGAUCCUGCUCGAGUGGGGAAGCGUCGCGGUCUGGUGGUGGAGCCAUGCGCUUGGUGGGUUGCACAAGAACGACUUUGUGAUGGCCGCACGGACCGACAAGCUUGCCGAGUCUGCCGAGGGCCGCAAGGAGUAG